GAACGUUAAGAAUAACCAAAUGGAAGACAAAAUUAAUCUUGAGCUUCGCUCCGAAAACCAUUCUCUUCUUUCGAAACAUCCAAGUAGCCAGGAGUUUUCCUUUGUUAUGUGCAAUCCUCCGUUUUAUGGAAACGAAGAAGAACUUAUGAACAAUAAAGAACGGGUUCCUUAUGCUGUAUGCACCGGAAGUAAAAACGAGAUGAUUACGCAGGGCGGUGAAGUUGACUUUGCAAGGCGAAUUCUCCAGGAAAGUAAAUAUAGACGUGACAUAUCAUGGUUUACUUGUUUGCUUGGAAAAAAAUCAAGUCUUGUGGAUGUGGUGCAAGAUUUGAGAAACGAAAAGAUUGAUAACUAUGGGAUUUACGAAAUAAAUUUGGGCAAGACAAAACGGUGGAUUUUAAGUUGGUCUUAUUCACAUCGAAGACCCUACAACCAUCUGAUACGACCUGCCUCUUUUUCCCUCCCAAAACUGCUACCUAGAAAAACGUUAUACGAGUGGAAUGUUGGUAUGGACAAGCAAACGUUUUUUGAGACACUCGAUCGAUUCUUGGAUACUAUGAAUGUUGAGUGCAGCCGUCAUGACGAUAAAGUAUCUGUUUUUUCUAAUGGCAUUUCUUGGUCUCGCAAAGCUAGACGAAUGAGUAAGCAUCAAAACCCUUCCCAAACUAACAUGGGGGACAAUCUUUGGUGUACAGUUUGUUACAACAAUGACAAAGGCCAAUGCUGUUGGACCGAAGGAAAAGACUACUUAGUUUAUGAAAGCUUUUGUUCUACGCUUCAUCGAAAAUUUAAGGAAAACUCGUCUUGAGAAGCGCCAACGAUACUUCAUUCAUUUGUUCGACACUCAAUGUCUUAUGGUUUCGGUAUUCUAGUAAAAUACUUAUGAAAUGUUAUUUAUACGCAAAUCCGUUUGCAACUGCUAUUUAUAAUAAUAUACGAAAGCUAGUCUAGUCUUCGGAAAUAUAGUAGGAAACAGACGGGAUAAAUAAAAAGAAAAAGAAAAAUAGAAUAAAACG